AUGGCCUCGCAACAUUACCCUCGCCGAAGAAUAACGAUAACCGGCUGCGUGCUGGUGGGGUUGGGGUUUGCGUUGCUGCGGCUGCCUCUCGACCAGAAAUCCUACGCGAAAGAGUCGGCCAAGUUUCUUCGCAAAGACCCGAAGGGAAAGCGAGAGACGCCGCGGGGGGGAAUGGUCCGCUUAAGCGAGCUAAAGUCGAUACCCGUCAACCACGACGGCAGUGGAGCCAAGAAACAGACGAUGAUCCUCAACGGCCAGGUGCCGCACUUGACGGGGUUCACCCGGGCCGUCUUCUCGCCGGGGGACGAGGUCGAGCUCCACUGGCAUACCAGCAUGGAUGAGGUGUUCUACGCGGCGGAGGGAAAGGGCACGAUCGAAGUGGACGGCACGGUUGUGCAGCUGACUCCCGGCACGUGCGUGCACGUGGCGGCCGGGCAGAAGCACUCCUUGAUAAAUAAAGGCGACGUCGACAUGGUCCUCUUUUACUUCGGUAUCGCGGUGGCGCCCGCCACAGAAGAGGGCGGCGGCGGCGGCGGGGGGGGGGGCAAGGGCGGGACCGGGGGCGGGGGCGGGGGCGGGGGCGGGGGGAAUGCCUUGCACGCGAUAGGGGCAUGAUUUUUUCUCGCCUGUGUCGAGGAUGGAUGGAUUGUACAAUUUGGUGGGCAAGAUUGUCUUGGGUUGGAGUGUGGGUGGAAAGUGGCGUGAUUGUGUCCGGCGUAGUCCUGUAGGUUUGGAGUGGUGUGUAAUUUGUAAUUUGUAAUUUGGGUGUUCGGAGUUACGUCGGCGAGGUUUGUAUUGUGAGGUUUAAUUUCACGAACCCAAAUGACAAAGCCUGUGAACACAGAAAGAGUCCACAUCUAGGCGUUCAGUUUUGCCUUUUUUCUUGUGCCUUGCCUUCCAGGCCCGAUGGUUGCUUCUACAUGUAUCCGUGUUGAGAUGUAUGGCAUUUACAGAGUAACAUCUGAAUAGGUUUGUGUGUGCCGCUGCACCGGGGUAGAAGCCACCAUUCCCGGGUCAAUCGCCCGUGAGCGACAGCAGCUGUUGGACGUGUGCUUACAUGUUUUGCUUACAUGGGGGCCAUAUUUUAUCUCGUGAUUCAAGCUGCAUUGGACUGCCGUUACACGUGCGCACAGCGCAUCGCAAACACGGACAGAGGAUUCGAGGACUCUGCACGGGACAAUGUGCAUACGAUUGUAGCAUUCAAUAGCUUUAGCGAGAGCUCUCGAAAUCGACUAGAACUUUA